GGGAGCCAGUGUAAACGCAAGAGGAUGAUCUAAAAUACUAGGCACAGCCAUGCAGCAGGUCCUGGAUAACCUUACUGAUCUGCCGACAUCAACAGGCGCUGAAGAAAUAGACCUGAUUUUUCUUAAAGGAAUUAUGGAAAAUCCUAUUGUAAGAUCACUUGCUAAGGCUCACGAGCGACUGGAAGAUUCUAAACUUGAGGCUGUCAGUGACAACAAUCUGGAGCUGGUGAAUGAAAUUCUUGAAGACAUCAGUCCCUUAAUAAAUAAAGAUGAAAAUAUUGCAGAAUUGGUUGGAAUACUCAAGGAGCCUCAUUUUCAGUCACUCUUGGAAGCACAUGAUAUUGUGGCUUCAAAAUGUUACGAUUCCCCUCCUUCUAGCCCAGAAGUCAAUAAUUCUUCAGUUAACAACCAGAUCAUUCCAGUGGAUGCUAUUCGUAUUCUUGGAAUUCACAAAAGAGCAGGAGAACCACUGGGUGUUACGUUUAGAGUUGAGAACAAUGAUCUGGUAAUAGCACGAAUUCUUCAUGGAGGAAUGAUAGAUCGACAAGGUCUUCUGCACGUAGGUGACAUUAUUAAAGAGGUGAAUGGCCAUGAGGUUGGAAAUAAUCCAAAAGAAUUGCAGGAACUGCUGAAGAAUAUUAGUGGCAGCGUCACUCUGAAGAUUCUCCCCAGCUACAGAGACACUGUUAUUCCUCAACAGGUUUUUGUGAAGUGUCAUUUUGAUUAUAAUCCAUAUAACGACAACCUCAUCCCAUGCAAAGAAGCAGGUUUGAAAUUUUCUAAAGGAGAAAUCCUUCAGAUUGUAAACCGGGAAGAUCCAAAUUGGUGGCAGGCUAGUCAUGUCAAAGAAGGAGGAAGUGCAGGGCUUAUUCCUAGCCAGUUCCUGGAAGAGAAGAGAAAGGCCUUUGUUAGGAGGGACUGGGACAACUCAGGGCCUUUCUGCGGAACAAUAAGCAGCAAAAAAAAGAAAAAGAUGAUGUAUCUCACUACAAGAAAUGCAGAAUUUGACCGUCAUGAAAUCCAGAUCUAUGAGGAAGUAGCCAAAAUGCCUCCUUUUCAGAGGAAAACACUGGUCUUAAUUGGGGCCCAAGGAGUGGGACGAAGAAGUUUGAAGAACAGGUUCAUAGUACUGAAUCCUACUAGGUUUGGAACUACAGUGCCAUUUACUUCACGAAAGCCAAGGGAUGAUGAAAAGGAUGGGCAAGCGUACAGAUUUGUGUCACGAGCUGAAAUGGAGAUGGAUAUUAAAGCUGGCAGGUAUUUAGAGCAUGGAGAAUAUGAAGGAAAUCUCUACGGCACCAAAAUUGAUUCCAUCCUUGAAGUUGUUCAGACAGGAAGGACCUGCAUCUUGGACGUGAAUCCACAGGCCCUGAAAAUACUGAGGACUUCAGAAUUCAUGCCCUAUGUAGUGUUUAUUGCUGCUCCAGAGUUGGAGACUUUGCGUGCUAUGCACAAGGCUGUGGUAGAUGCUGGAAUUACAACCAAACUUCUCACUGACACCGAUUUGAAAAAAACGGUGGAUGAAAGUGCACGGAUCCAGAGAGCAUACAACCACUAUUUUGAUCUGACCAUUGUAAAUGACAACCUGGACAAAGCCUUCGAGAAGCUACAGACUGCUAUCGAGAGACUGAGGCUGGAACCGCAGUGGGUCCCAAUUAGCUGGGUAUAUUGAGAUUUCUCAAGAGGAGCUUAAGUAACAAAUAAAAUCAACUGCAGUGAAUAUGCUAAUGUGACGUGUAGAUACCGAUGAUAACCUACAGCACCUGUGCAUUUUUACUCUCUGUAUAUUCAAAAGUACACUAUUCUGAAUUUUUAUAAAAAUGUUGAAGGGAAAGUGUACUUAAAUAUGUAAUUUAUUUUAAUUUUUCUAACUUUUUACAGAUAACCUUUCUAUUCAUAUCACAUGAAGGAAAUGCGUUUAAGCAUUUUUGUAUGUUUUGAUUUAGUACCUUUGCCUUUUUCAUCUAAGAAACUUUCAGUCAUUCACUUCAACAUUUACAUCUUGGUCUUACAUUUUCACUGUGAUUAAAAAAAGGAUACUUGAAACAAUUUUUGUAAAACUUGUUAACGUCAGUGUUUAACCGGUCAAAAGUCUAUAGCUCUUAUUAGGGAAGAACACUAAUUUCUUUGGUGUUUUUUUUUUCUUCCUUAAAAAACCAGUAAUUUCAUGGGAGCAGAAUUUAAAAUAUUAAAAGCAGCGACCAACACACAGCUCCAUUGCUCCAGCUUCUUUCGGCUUAAUGUUGGUGCAUUCUUGGUGUUUCACAAAUUCUUGAUGUCUCUUGAUUUAGACAACUGUUGUGUAGGUUUCCUUCCUUAUACGUGUCUCUUGAAAUAACGUAAAGCAACACCUUGCAAGCUGCUUAUUAGGCUGUUCUUGGGGGCCAACCUGUUAGCCCAUUGUGGUUGAAAUCCUGACGUCAGAAAGCUUGUACACAAGGUCAUUCAGUGCAAUUUGAGUAAUGGUGAAGUAGCCUGGGAGAGAACCUGAUAACGUGGAGCCUUGUAGAGUGACGCUUAAUGUUUAAGACUAUUUAUUCACACUUGUGAAAACACA